GAGCAUGCAAUGAAUAAAUACCACCCGCCUCAUCAUACCAUUCAGCUUAAAAAAUUACGCCCCACACUCCCAAUACUCACACGUACCCAAGAUGCCCAUCAUCAAACAACUAAUCGCCCUGCGGCGAAAAGCCGGCUUGACAAGAGAAGAAUUCUUCGAUUACCACUACCGAGUACAUGGGGCCCUAAGUAAAGGCCCUAGUCCAUCUGAAACGCCCUUGAAAUAUUUUCAAACCCACUUCCUCGAUACCGCAUACCACGUCGACUUUUCUCAAAAGAUACCAAACGCCAACCCAACAUGGGCCUUCAAUGACGGUCUCACAGAGCUCUAUUUCUCUUCGGAGGAACACAUGAUUCAGAGCUUCGUUUCUGAGUGGGCCAGGACCAAAGUAGGCCCUGAUGGAGCGAACUUUUCGGAUUUUAGUGUUGUGAUGCCUAUGUUUGUUAGGGAGGAAGUGGUUCCGCUGGAAGCUAUUGAGUCGGCGACUUCAACACGGGAGCGUUCGUUCAUUGGCAUGUACUUUGUCGCGUUAAGUGAUGCGCAGCAUUCCGGGGGAAAGAAUGGAGAUAUGAUCGAUAAGUUCGCAUCUCUUCUCAAGCAACAUGCCUCUCAUGAAGUGCUAGAGUUGGUGGUUAAUGUUCCUACUGAGGUGGGCUUUGAUCUUAGUGCUUACUUUCGGGGUGGGAGGUCGGUUCCUGCUUAUUAUGCGUUUAUGCUUGUGCUACGGGGGAAGGAGUCGGUUAGUGCUGUGCGGAAGGUUCAGGGAAUAUUUGAAGCUGAGAAUGCUGGAAUAUUGGAUCUACCAGCAACUUGGAUCGGGUUUGGUGAGCGUGCUGUUGUGUUGGAUCAGAGUGAGGGGAUUGAGUUUGAUCCGAAAAGACAGCCGUUUAAGAUGGAAUGAGAAUCGCGCUAUAACCAAGGUGUGUAUUGUGCAGUAUACUGCUCUGAACCGGCAUGAAGUUGUGCUUGCAGCGUGGGAGGAACUAUUGUGUUACUUAGUGUUCAGUAUACUAGCUAUUAUCUUUUUCUUCUUUCUCAUUUGCGUUUUUUCUCACAGUUAAAU